UAUGAACUCUUCAAGCCAAUCCCGAGUCCACGGUUCAGAGCGGACGGCGCAGCCGACAUUCAUCUUCCGGCGAAGAGAAGGCAACAUUCUCCCCCCACUUGCACAAGUUGAUAACAUAUCACAAAAUCAACACCAUCCCCCCCCGUCCGAUGAGUUUUUCACCCCUGACCCUGCAUCUCGCAUCAACAAUGGCCUCCUGGGUAAGCACUGCUGAUCCCCAUACGAGUUGAAACAUGCCCAGUCGGCAGUCGAGGAUGCACAAUACAUAAGCUUGACAAGGCUGCAAUCGACUUUGGCGAUUCUGUCUCGGUCGUCCCUUCGCUCGCUCAUGUGCUCUAUCCUCCCACGCUUUGAAAGAACCAACCAACGGUGCAGCGUUGAUGCAAAGCCAUCGCUCUUUCCGCUCAGCUUUGACAAGAUAAUAUGGCUUCGGCACCGCCAACCGACUUCGACCCGGCCUGGGCCGCCGAGGACAAAGGCCCGGCCAUCAUCGGCGUCAUUGUGGCGGUGACUAUCCUUGAGACUCUGUUCUCAGGCGCUCGGCUGUACGUGAGAGGCAGGAUCAUGGGGAAGCUGCACCUCGACGACUACCUCAUCGUCCUCGCAGUGAUAUGCGGAUGGUGCGCCGUCAUCUUCGGCAUCAUGGCCGUGCACUCGGGCAACGGCAAGCACUUCGCCAUUCUCGACGCCGACCAGAAAUCCGGUGCCAUCCUGUGGACCAUCGUCGGCUUCUGCCCGGGCAUCAUGUCCUUCGGCCUCCCGAAGCUCGCCGUCGUCGCCCUCCUCACGCGCCUCCUUAACCCCAGCCGCGCCCACAGGAUAUUUCUCUGGGGCAUCGCCAUCUUGUGCAACCUCAGCCUGCUCGGCUGCGUCGUCGUGCUGUUCGCGCAGUGCACUCCGGCCAAGUCGCAGUGGGACUUCUCGAUCACUGAGAAGACCUGCUGGAGCCCAUGGAUCCUCGUCCACUAUGCCAUCUUUGCUGGAGCCAUGUCUGCUGCUACCGAUCUCUACCUCGCCGUCUACCCUGCCAUCGUCCUGUUCAACCUUCAGCUGAAGUUGAGGAAGAAGCUGGCGCUCACCGCGGCGCUCAGCAUCGGGUCCAUUGCCACUGUCAUUGCCAUCUACAAGACGACCCGCCUCCCGAAUCUCGCCAGCCAGGACUUCUCCUUCGACACCUCGGACCUCGUGAUAUGGACUUGCGUCGAAGGCAGCGCCAUCAUCAUCGCCUCCUGCAUCCCCAUCCUCCAGCCCCUCGCCGACAAGAUCCUGGGCAGCCGCUUCUUCGGCAGCACCAACGACCGCCGGGCAUACAAGAAGUACGGCUCGGAGCGCAGCGGCGCCAUGCGCUCCGACAUGGAGCUGUCGUCGCACAAGAACCGCACCACCGGCGCCGUCGGCGGGCGCUCGGCAAAGGACCCCAACAGCCUCACCUUCCUCGACAAGACAAAGGCCAGCAGCGAGGAGAGCAUCCUCAACCAGGACGCGGGGAGGAAGCCCGCCGCCGAAGUCGUGGUGGAUCCUGCGGCGUUACAUCCGGCGGAUAUGGCGGGGCGGAUUGUGAGAACGGAUGUCGUGACUGUGUCGCACAGUGCCAGGAGGGGGCAGAGUGAGGAGGAUGUCGAGGGGUGGAAGUCUUACGGCUAUUGAUGGGUUCGAAGGCAGCCCUAGACUGAAAUCAUCGCGACAGAUGCCCACCCAUUCCGCCGGUGCGGUCUGUACAACAACAUUGUACAUACAUACAUUACUCUCUCUUACUACGGGCGUUUUCUAGCUCCUCGAAGAGACAGCUUGGCGUAACGGAGUCAAAAAGUAGACAACGAAGAUGGC